AUGGCGGAUGGGCAGCUGGCGAUACCUUCCUCGGACAAAGGACUAGGACUGAUCGGCAGCCUGAGAGCGGUCGCCUGGUCUCUUGUGUCAGGAUGGCUUUCUAACUGGCUCCCAGCCUGGUGUCCCACAUCUGGGGCUCAACUAAAGGAGGCUGAAGAGAAAAUGCUAAAAUGUAUAACAAGUUCCUACAACAAAGAACAUGUAUUACUGCCUGGAGGGAACCAAAUCUGGACCUUGUCCUUCACACAGCCGCUAUCACAGAAGACUCCACUAGUGUUGCUUCAUGGGUUUGGAGGAGGUGUUGGACUUUGGGCCCUGAAUUUUGAAUCUCUUUGCCAAAACAGAACUGUCUAUGCUUUUGACAUCUUGGGAUUUGGGCGCAGUAGCAGACCUCACUUUGAAAGUGAUGCUGAAAAGGCAGAGAUGCAGUUUGUGCAAUCUAUAGAAGACUGGAGAAUUGCAAUGGGAUUGGAUCAUAUGAUUUUAUUGGGGCAUAAUUUGGGAGCUUUUUUAGCUUCGGUUUACUCUUUGAAAUACCCUUCAAGGGUUUAAAAAGCCUUAUUUGGUAGAGCCAUGGGGAUUUCCAGACAGACCUGACGAAUGCAACAGAUGAUAGGCCCCAUUCCUAUAUGGAUUAAAGCUGUUGGUGCCGUUUUAAGUCCAUUUAUUCCUUUAGCAGGACUUCGUUUAGCAGGACCACUGGGUUUAAGCCUUGUUCAAAGACUAAGGCCGGAUUUUAAGAAGAAAUAUGCUUCAAUGUUUGAUGAUGACACUGUGACAGAAUACAUUUACCACUGUAAUGCACAGUCUCCAAGUGGUGAGACAGCAUUCAGAGCCAUGACAAUCCCGUAUGGUUGGGCUCAAAGACCAAUGGUGCGUAUUGACAAGAUGCAUACAAACAUUCCAAUCACAGUCAUUUACGGAGCACGGUCCUGUAUUGAUGGGAAUUCGGGAAGCACUAUUAAGUCACUGCGACCAAAUUCGUAUGUGAAAACAGUUGCAAUCCGUGGUGCUGGCCAUUAUGUGUUUGCUGACCAGCCAGAAGAUUUCAACCAAAAAGUAACCGAAAUCUGUGAUUCUGUGGACUAA